CAACAUUUGAAAUGUCAACUCCCGCCAUUUGUGAUGGAAAAUGUUGUGACGCCAUUACCGUAGAAUAAACAGUAUCAGCAAUGGCGAAUUUAAGUGUUGAUAAAGAUGCGUUUUACCGGCGAAUUCGUAAAUUAUAUUCAGCGUGGAAGAACUCUGAAACAGAAAAUGGAUUUGGUAAAAUGGAUGCCCUUGUGUGUGCUGUUGGGGUUGAUGAAGACAUUGUCUAUAGCAAAUCUACUGCUAUUCAAACAUGGCUGUUUGCAUAUGAACUCACAGAUACAAUCAUGGUGUUUUGCGAAAGCAGCAUGUAUUUCUUGGCAAGUAGGAAGAAAGUUGAAUUUCUCAAGCAAUUUGAAUCUGGAAAGGAAAAUGAGAAUGAAGUCCCUCCUUUAACAUUACUUGUCCGUGACAAGGCUGAUAAGGACAAAGCUAAUUUUGAAAAACUAAUCAAUGCUAUUAAAAAUAGUAAAAAGGGUAAUACAAUUGGAGAAUUUGCCAAAGACAAAUUCCCAGGGGAAUUCUUAGAUUCUUGGCGAGCUGCUCUUUCUAAAGAAAAUUUUGAUACUGUUGAUGUUAGUGCUACUGUUGCUUAUCUCAUGGCACCUAAGGAAGAUAUUGAAGUUUCUAUUGUUAAAAAAGCAUGUCAGGUUACUGUUGAUGUUUAUUCCAAAUAUCUGAAAGAUCAAAUCAUGGAAAUUAUUGAUUCCGAUAAAAAAGUAAAACAUUCAAAACUUACAGAAGGAGUAGAACAAGCUCUAAGUGAUAAGAAAUAUGUAACAGGUGUAGAUCUCUCUCAAGUUGAUUUAUGCUAUCCUUGUAUUAUUCAGUCAGGAGGAAAUUAUAAUUUGAAAUUUAGUGUAUCAAGUGAUAAAAAUAAUUUACAGUUUGGAACUAUAACUUGUGCACUUGGGGUUCGUUACAAGUCUUAUUGUUCUAAUGUUGUUCGAACAUUGAUGGUAAAUCCCACCAAAGAACAAGAAGAGCUUUAUAAUUUCACAGUUUCUUUGCAAGAAGAAGUUUUACAGAAACUUCAACAUAAUGUAAAGCUUUGUGAUGUAUAUGCUGCUGCUGUUGCUUUUGUAGAGAAGAACCACAAAGAAUUGCUUGAUAAGAUGGUUAAAAAUUUAGGGUUUGCUACAGGUAUAGAAUUUAGAGAAGGUACUUUAGCUAUUACAUCCAAAUCAAAUGCUGUAGCAAAAAAAGGUAUGAUAUUUAGUAUAAACAUUGGUUUCUCUCCACUUCAGAAAAAAGUAUCAGAUGACAAAGAACCUGAAACAUAUGCUUUAUUUAUUGGAGACACGGUGUUAGUUAACGAGGGCGCUCCUUGUACAAUUUUGACAAACAACAAAAAGAAAUUGAAAAAUAUUGCCAUCGUUUUAAAGGAUGAUGAUGAAGAGGAAGAGGAGGAGGAAGAGCCACUUGUUCCACAAGAAGAAACUUUAGGUAGAGGAGCAAGAAGAACUGCAAUUUUAGAUUCAAAACUUAGGACUGAACAAUCAGCAGAAGAGAAAAGAAAAGCCCAUCAAAAAGAAUUAGCUGAGCAAUUAAACAAAGAAGCUAGAGCGAGAUUAGCUGAACAAACUGGUGUUGAAAAGGAAGAAAAGGUUCGCAAAUCUAAUGUAUCUUACAAAUCUGUUGGCCAACUUCCUAAAGAACCAGAACUGAAAGAGUUAAAAUUAUAUGUUGAUAAGAAAUAUGAAACAUUGAUCCUUCCUGUCAUGGGUGUGAAUGUACCUUACCAUAUUUCAACUAUAAAGAAUAUCAGUCAGUCUGUUGAAGGUACAUACACUUACCUCCGACUUAAUUUCUAUCAUCCUGGGGCUGCUCUGGGCAGAAACGAAGGAAAUAUUUUCCCUAAUCCUGAUGCUACAUUUUUAAAAGAAAUUACUUAUCGAAGCACAAAUCUAAAAGAACCAGGUGAAAUUUCUGCUCCAUCUUCAAAUUUAAACACAGCUUUUAGACUCAUUAAAGAAGUUCAAAAGAAAUACAAGACGCGAGAAGCUGAAGAACGAGAAAAAGAAGGGAUUGUUAAACAAGAUACUUUAAUAUUAAGUUCAAACAAAGGCAAUCCAAAACUUAAGGAUUUGUACAUUAGACCAAAUAUCUAUUCUAAAAGAAUAUCUGGAACUUUAGAAGCUCAUUCAAAUGGUUUUAGGUUUACUUCUGUAAGGGGUGAUAAAGUUGACAUCCUUUACAAUAAUAUAAAGCAUGCAUUUUUCCAACCCUGUGAUGGAGAAAUGAUAAUUCUUUUGCAUUUCACUUUAAAAAAUGCUCUCAUGUUUGGUAAAAAGCGAAAUAAUGAUGUACAGUUUUACACAGAAGUUGGGGAAAUAACUACAGAUUUAGGCAAGCAUCAACACAUGCAUGAUCGUGAUGAUUUGGCUGCUGAGCAAGCUGAAAGAGAUCUUCGUCAGAAGCUGAAAAGUGCAUUUAAAAGUUUUUGUGAUAAAGUAGAGCAAAUGACUAAACAAGAAGUAGAAUUUGAUACCCCUUUCAGAGAGCUUGGAUUUCCAGGUGUACCAUAUAGAAGUACUGUACAACUUCAACCUACCUCAGGAUGUUUAGUUAAUCUUACAGAUUGGCCUCCAUUUGUGAUUACACUCGAAGAAAUUGAAUUGGUACACUUUGAACGAGUGCAGUUUCACUUGAAAAAUUUUGAUAUGGUAUUUGUUUUCAAAGACUAUCACAGAAAGGUGGCAAUGGUUAAUGCAAUUCCAAUGAGUAUGCUAGAUCAUGUAAAAGAAUGGCUUAACUCUUGUGAUAUCCGUUAUACAGAAGGCAUUCAGAGCUUGAAUUGGACUAAAAUUAUGAAAACUAUAACUGAUGAUCCAGAAGGCUUUUUUGAGAGUGGAGGUUGGUCGUUUUUGGAUCCUGAAAGUGAAGGUGAAGAAGGAGAUGAAGAUGAAGAUUCUGCUGAAGAUGAUCAAUACCAACCGAGUGAAUCAGAAGCUGAAGAAGAAAGCAGUGAUGAAGAUGAAUUCAGUGGUUCAGAAUAUUCAGAAGAGGUAGAAAGUUCAGAAAAUGAUUUGGGUUCCAGUGAAGAAAGUGGAAAAGAUUGGUCUGAAUUAGAAGAAGAAGCUGCUAAAGCUGACCGAGAAAGAGAUGAUUUCCAUGAUUCCUCCCUUUCCACUAAAGGGAAAGGGGGGAAACCCUCCUCAUCCUCUUCUAAGAAAGAUAUCAAGACCAAGUCCAAGAAAAGCCCAAUUAAAAAUGGAAAAUCAAGUGAUGGGAAAAGGAAACGGGAAUCUGACAAUAAACAUAAAUCUAGCAAAAAGCAUAAGAAAUGAAAAGAUUUUAAAAUUUCUUAUGCUAAGCUCUUCAGCAGUUUUCGGGGUGUAUGAGCAGAAGUUGGAGGCCUGUGGUUCUCUGCAAGAACAUUCUCAUCAUUUCUCUACAACAUUCUUUCAAACUUGGAAACAAAAUUGCUGGCACAUCCAUUUUUUUUAUAACAUAAGCUAUUGCCCAUCAGAGAAACUGCUGAUUUUGUACAGAUAUGUAAUAUAUUAUUAGAUAUUCAUCCGUCAUUGAACUGGUUUUAACUGUUUUGGAUGAAUUACUGAGAUAAAUGCGGGAACAUUUUACAUUGUCUGUCUUUACAUUUAUUUUAAUUUCUGCAUUGUGCAACCUCACAUCAUUUGUUAGACAUUUGUAAAUCCCUCCAAUUGGAUAUGUAAGUCUGAAAUAGACAUUUCAUUAUAAAUAAAAGAAUUCAGCAUUUUUUAUUAAAACCA